GAUUAGAAUAAGUACCGCCUAUUUGCACAAUUAGCGAAAGCCAAAAGCUGUAGAGAUUUGGCUCCAUUAUCCGUGGGCGCACCCCUCUCUCCCCCUUCUUUUACGUUUUAUUUGUUCUCCUCGUUUCUCGAGUUUGAUUUCUAGGGAUAGGAAAGAAAGUGAGAAUCUUUUGAUUGGAAUUGCGGAGAGAGCUAGAGACAGAAGGGCGACUCCACCCUAGGGAAGGGUAGUGUGGUUGGAGAAAGAGAGAAUGGCGAAGAAGAAGGCAACGAUGACUUUGAAAGACUUCCAUGGCGGUUCUAUUCCUUCCGAUCUUCCUCUCCCAUCUGCCCCUGGCGUAAUUGUUAGGCCAUUGGAUCGCCAAAUGCAUUGGGGGACCACCACAGGAAGGAUUGAUCAUCAUAAACUGCGUCCUGGAUCAGCAGGAGCAUCAAGAAACUUUGAUGAAAAAACACCUUUCCUCAGUCAAAAUGCUCUCAUUGGCCGUAAUUUCGAUGAGGACGAGAGGAAGCCAUUGGAUGGGGGGACACCAGGCGGCCCCCGCAGGAUGGUUAGUGAUGACGUCAUUUAUUCUCAGUCGAGCCGUGUUGAACCCAAUAGCAGACCGCUAUCAGCACCUCUGUCUCAGAUUUCAAGCACUACAUCUAAUGGUUCAUAUGCAUCAAGAUUUUCAGAAGUUAAGAAUAACCUUAGAGUAAAUCCACAAACUUCAAGUGGAAACAUUCGUGUCAAUACAAAUUCUUCAAAUGUGUGGGGAUUAAAGAAAGAGGCAAUAGGUAUGAAGGAAUCCUUGGUUACUACUGGAUGGUCUGCUCAGGAAACAGCAUCUAAGUUGGUCCAUGCCAGUGCACUUGACAAGAUCUCAUCUGGUAGGUGGAAUUCAAAACAACAUAUGAGCUCCCCAACAGAUGGCGAAAAGUAUGAUCGUAGUGCUUGCAGCAUAACAGAUGCGGUUGUUGUAGGGGAUUAUAAGAACAAUGAGAGAGUUCAAUCUCCUGUAAUCAUAGAGAGCCACGAAAAAAGAGAUUCAAUUAUAAAUAUCCAUGGAGGAGUUCAUAUUUUCCAACAUGCAGGCAGAUAUAGCGAAUCUGAAGUUUUGUCAUCAGUGGCUUCCGAAUCAUCAGAGAGGCCCAAGUUAAAACUGCUUCCUAGAUCUAAGCCAGUAGAAAGUUAUGAACCACCCGCAUUGGGGCAGCAGCAGCAUAGUGAUCCUAUUCAUCUUGAAUAUGGUGGCAAUAUGCCUGGAUCCAGCAACCCUGCCAAACAUGAACCUGUUGGGUAUAAAAGUGGUGACCGAGCUGCUGAGCGUCCAAAGCUGAAUUUGAAGCCUCGUUCACAGCUUUCUGAACAGUUAAACGACAUCGAAAGUAAAAGGAACACUGUUUUUGGUGGUGCUCGCCCAAGAGAAAUGGUUCUAAAGGAAAGGGGCUUUGACCAUGCAGGUGAUUGUGACCGUCAAUCACUCUCUAGGAACAAACAAGACAUGACAUCACAUCAUGCUACCCGU